AUGCCCAAGGAAUACUUUCGCCUCAUCGGAAUAGUCAGCGAUGUUUCUAGUGCUUUCGCAAGUUUUAUAAUAAUUUCGGUUAAGGACAAAAUUUUGCUGAGUGGCGAAGGUGAAUCGCAGCAAGUGCAAGUGACCAACGAUGGAGCAACCAUCUUGAAGGCAAUUGGCGUGGAUAAUCCGGCAGCCAAAGUGCUUGUUGAGAUUUCAAUGACGCAAGAUUCGGAAGUUGGCGAUGGCACGACCUCAGUGACGGUGCUUGCUGCCGAACUGCUGAAGGAAGCAGAACGACUGGUUGCGGCACGAAUUCAUCCACAGACAAUCAUUGCGGGCUAUCGUCGCGCACUGAAAAUAGCCCAGGACGCAUUGCGAGCCUCCGCCAAAUCAUCGAAGUCGGAGGAGAUGCACGAUGACCUGAUCAAAAUUGCUCGAACGACAUUGGGCUCUAAAAUUCUGGCGCAACAUAAGGAGCACUUUGCGCGGCUGGCUGUUGAUGCUGUUUUGCGCCUGAAAGGAUCUGGGUCCCUGGAAUCGAUCCAAAUCAUCAAGAAAUUGGGCGGCUCUCUCAGUGAAAGCUAUUUGGAUGACGGAUUUCUGCUUGAAAAGUGUCCGGGCAUGUACCAGCCGAAAAGAGUCGAAAAUGCGAAAAUUUUAAUCGCUAAUACACCUAUGGAUACGGAUAAGGUUUGCCUUUUUUUUUCGCCUAGCACUUUCCUGUCGUUAAUUUUCCAUAUCUUCAGGGUUUAUUAA